UUUCAGGAGGUUACUUGCAUGGAAUAACGGGGUUGACCUAUGGCGUAGACAUUGAAAAAAUGCGAUGGCUGGGAAUUCUGCAGGUACUCUAGUAGUCUAGUUUGCGUUUUACUUGUUAUUUAUCCAUCAGAUUACUAGAAAGCUACAACUACCUGGCGUUGCCAUUUACAUACUAGUCGUAACUCGGUAUGUGAGAUUUUGUAGAGAUUGGUCUUACCAUGUUUGAAAACUCUGUAAUCUCUGGCCGACAGGCUACAGGCAGUAGAAAUGUAGAAUAGGUAGAAGGAACAAGCUAUGCACUUACCUGUUCUAUAAGUUAUAUUUGUUAUCAUAUAUACUAAUCCAUUUUUGGUUAUAAAGAGAAUAGCUGUUGGAUAUAUCACAGCAGCUUUGUGCGAGAUAUGGCUUCCACGUCGAAGGAUAAAAAGAAGUAUUUUCAGUAAUUACAUUUGGCAGUGAGAACUUCUUGAUCGCGCACUUUGUGUGUGUGUGUAUGUGUUCUGAAGGUACUAUUAGAUCUACUUAAAACUGGAGUCCAGAUUACUGUCAAAUCUUCUCAAUGCAUUUCAAUUCGUUUUGAUGAAUGGUUUGCUGUGAUAUAAACUGACAGCUUUGACUAUUUCAUGUGUAUACUGUAAGUGGUUUGAUUCUUUUUCUCAGUGGAAGCAUAAUAACAUAACGCUAUGCUUUCUGAGAACUUCAUUGAACAUGUGGAAUGUCACAAGUCCUCCACCUAAGUAUUUGCAUUAGGCCUUAUUAGCUACUAAUAGUUUGAUAACAUAGACAAACAAGAAGAAAUUUUGGAAGUUUUAAGAGUUGCAACUAUUGCCAGUCCAACUGCAAUCAUAUUGACAAAUAAUUAUCCACUACCCCGACAAAAGUCAUUCUCAUAGUUUUAAAUACUCACACUGUCCUGAUAAACAAACCCAAAGUGAAAAGGUGGAAUAACUAGUCGCUACUAAGUCAAAUGACAUCAAGUUUGAAUUAUUGGAAGGUGAAUAGAUUUCUUUCUAUGAAAUUGAUCAAAUUUAUAGGAUGGACCAAAAAGAGGAAUAGAUCAAGUUUAUCGGAAGGAAGGAGUAUCCUUUUGCAUGCUUGUGUAAUUGCUUUGUGUUUAGUUGUUAUGUAAUGAUUUCGUUUAAAACCUCUGUUUAUAGGUGUGUUGCAUUUUAUCUGUGUGCUGUACAUACUUGGUUGUUGUAUGGUCUGUAUGUUCCUGAUUGGGAAUUUACUGUGUCACGGACAAUAGAGCUCAGUAUUUACAAGGUAAAAUGUUCUGUUAGAGGCGAUCUUGGACCUGCAUGUAAUUCUGCUGGAUUGAUUGAUCGAUAUAUUCUUGGAGUAGAUCACCUAUAUACAAAACCUGUCUAUAGAAAUCUAAAGGAAUGCAAGGGAUUCAAUGAUGACAAAAUUCCGCAGAGUUUCCCUUCGUGGUGCCACGCCCCUUUUGAACCAGAAGGCAUAUUAGGUUCCGUAACAGCUGCUGUUGCCUGCAUUAUUGGACUCCAAUAUGGCCAUAUUCUUGUUCAAUUUCAGGAUCAUAAAGAAAGGCUAUACAACUGGUCCAUACUCUCAUUUCCACUUCUGUUUCUUGGUCUCUUCCUUGCUGUGACAGGUGUGCCAUUAAACAAAUCGUUGUACACCAUUAGUUAUCUGCUGGUAACUUCAGCUGCUGCUGGAAUUACAUUUUGUUUACUGUAUGUAUUGGUUGAUAUCUGUGGUUGGAGGCGCUUGAUGUUCGUUUUAGAGUGGAUGGGGAAGCAUUCUCUUGGUAUCUUUAUUCUCAUAAUAUCAAAUGUAGCUGUCAUUUUGAUUCAAGGAUUCUAUUGGAGGGAUCCUCACAAUAACAUAGUUCGCUGGAUUGUCACGCGAUAUGUACACAAAUGAUAUGCCAGCUUCUUGAGUUUCCUGCAUAGUAUAGAAGUAAGGCUGUUACUCUUAACUACAUUCUUUAUUUGCUGCUCUUCCCCUGCACAAUAGGGUCACAACUCACACAUACCCAACUUUGUCUAAAACUAAACGAAGGGAUCAGGGCUGCAUUGGCACCUGUACGUAUGACUCCUCUUGGCCAUACUGGCUCGGAGGCGGAUCCAGGAUUCAAUGUUUAUGGGUUCCUGCAACGACUUCAAGUAAAUUUUCAAUUGUAACUGGGUUCACAUUUAUUGAUAUUUAGUAAAUUUUUCAAAUAUAUUUAUACUGUUUGGACAAAAUUUAAUGGGUUCCCGUGAGGUGGGGAGGUGGAUCCAAUACUUCUACCUGUGUGUAGAUGUUGAUUGAAACUAUGCGCAAGUCUCUACCUGUGUGUAGAUGUUGAUUGAAA